AAAAGAAAAUCGCAAGGAAAAUUAUAGAAAAUGAAUUCGAAACUGAGAAAAUCUGAAAAUACCAAACGAAAAACAAAAACAAAUUUCAGGCCUGCAGCUGAUCGACGACUCGUCCUCAAGUCAGCAGAAUCAUCUAAACGGCAGCAAGCUGGAACUGAUGGAUGGCAGCAGCGAUGACUAUCACCAGGGAUCGGGAUCGUUGCACCACUUUCAUGCGCCGCAAUUCGAUCACUUCCAAGGAUUAUUAGCCGGCGGAAAUGGUAUUGGUGGCGGAGCAGGAAGUGGGGGUCAGGAGGAGAGCUUUACGUGUCCGCAGUGCUAUAGAACUUAUCGAAGGCACGGAACCUUGCGGCGCCAUCUGCGCCAAGAGUGCGGCAAGGGAAAGAGCAUGGUGUGCUCCGUAUGCGGUCAUCGCACGAAGCGAGCAGAUCAUCUGCGCCAGCACGUACGCAAAAAGCAUCCGGAGAUAGCCAUGCGAUCGCUGUUUAAGCGCCAGCAAAGAGCUGCAGCUGCGGCAGCCUCUGCCGUCGAAGGAGAGGAUCAGAAGCCCGAGACGGAAAUAGUAGAUCUGGUCGACAUGCUGGACGAUGGAUCCGUGGCCGCUGCGGAUGAGGAUCAUCAGCACGCCUACCUAGUCGAAGAUGACGAUGAGGAGGAACUCUUGCAGCACCAGCAAUCGCACUUAACGGAGGAAUCGACCACCAGUAACUUUUACCGCCAGCAACUGCGGCAGCAGGCCCUUCUACAGCAGGCUCUUCAGCAAGUGGCAGCUGCAGCUGCAGUGGUGGCCAGCGGCACCUCCACUUCCUCCACUGAACUGCUUAACGGGGAGGGAUUGUAGGAGGGAUAGCGGUUUGAACUGAGGGGCGGGUUCUCCUCUCUACCUCCAUUUCGAGUAAAAGACGCGUAACGAACGCUAUCCUGUCCACUGAAAAAUCUCUACUACUAACUGAAUUAACCAAAGAGCAGCGGUUGAACUUUGACCUUUUGGCUUGCAAAAUCCUUUAUUUUUCCUGCAUUUAUAUGUUUUAUACAUUUAUUUGGCUGUCGCACAACCAAAAUAUAUGAGUAUUUCUUUU